AGUACGUUUGUUGGAACGAAGUGCUGCCACCUGCCUCGGGUACCUCGGCGAUCGUUUGAUUUCUGCGCAACGCAAUGCCGGACUACUGCACUUUUUGCGGAUCCUACAGUAAUCGGAGCCUUCAAUGCCGUGGAAAGUCCUGCCGAGAAGUUUCAACGCAGACUGAUGAAAGUAGUUCAGAGUUCUCGUUAUCGAAGUCUCUCGAGUCCGGCGACCUUGCUGAUGUGGAGUUCUCUGUUGAGUGCUCGCAUUUCCCAGGCCAGCGUGCAACCUUCAAGGCGCAUAAGAUGAUCCUGGCUUUGCAGAGCGACGUGUUUAGGGCCAUGUUUUAUGGCGACUUCGCCAAGGAGGACCGCAUAGUCAUCACUGACCUGCACCCAGAGGGCGUCCGUGGCCUCUUGAGGUACUUCUAUAGUGGCCGCCUGGAUGUGGAAAACGUGCACCAGGCUGCUUGCACCCGCACCGCUGCUUCCAAGUACCUCGUCACGAAGCUGGAGCAGAGAUGCAUCACCUUCGUGCACUGCCACACGAGGUUGGACGACGUGUGUCCUCUCCUGGACUACGUUCUGACCAUGGGCGAAGAAGACCUACGCGCUCCCGCCGGUGACCUCAUCCGCAAGGACAGUGCCGGCGUGCUUUCCUCUUCAAAGUUCAGGUCCUCCACCGAGGACACCGUGAAGUACGUGCUCCAACAAGUCACCAAUGUAUCGGAGGCAUCGGUGCUAAAUGCCGUCUACGCCUGGGCAUAUCAGCAGUGCCCCAAGCAAUCCUCGGGUAUCGGAAAUGCUCUUCGGGCAGUCAUGCUGCCACUGUUGCCUGAACUGCGGUUCCUCGCGCUGACCGCGACGCAGUUCGUAGAAGGUCCGAACACGUGGGGAAUCUUUACCGACGCAGAAGCACGGGCCAUUCUUAGCAAUAUCAUCAAAGCAGGCUCGGUGCCUAUGCCAAAGGGAUUCUGCGAGAUCCGUGAGCCCCGUGUGCUGAAACGCCAUUGCAAAAACGAGCGUCUUCCAGUGCGUCCCAGUGUGGAAAGUGCUGUUCGUGUAGGAGGCAUCGUAUUGGGACAUAAUUUAAUAACAUCACGCCGGUUAUGCGGGGAAACCAGUCGUCCGUUUAUUUGAUUCACGGGUUCGAAAUUUAAAACCGGACAACCACAGUGAUCGGUUAUUCAGCUAAUAGUAUCCGGAUAUUUGGAUAUUCGUAUAGCCUUUGUUCUUCUGUACUUGUGCCGAAAUUACCACUCUUUCUCCCUUGUAUUCUUAUAUUUGUAGUUAUUUUUGCAACCGUUCGUGCAAACGCGGUAUAUGCUCUGGUUAACCUCCUUACCUAUCAUUUUUGUAAUCAUCGAUUAUUCGUAUCCGAAUAUUCGAA